AUGUUUCUGACAGUAUACCUCAGUAACAAUGAGCAGCACUUCACUGAGGUGCCAGUCACCCCUGAAACAACCUGCAGAGAUGUGGUGGAGCUGUGCAAGGAGCCUGGGGAGAGCGAGUGCCACCUUGCUGAAGUGUGGUGUGGCUCAGAGCGUCCCAUAGCCGAUAAUGAACGGAUGCUGGAUAUUUUGCAGCGCUUUGGGGUGCAGAGAAGUGAGGUUCGUUUCUUUCUUCGGCAUGAGCGCUCUUCCUGCCAGGAAGCAGGGACUGGACAAAGGUCUCAAGAUCCAGCCUUUAAAAGAAAUGGUGUGAAAAUGCCUGGUGAUCGAAGGAUAGAGAAUGGAGUGAGUGCUCCAAGGAUGGAUAUGACACUGACUGAACUUCAGGAAAUGGCAUCAUGCCAGCAGCAACAAAUUGAGGCUCAACAGCAAAUGCUGGCUAACAAGGAACAACGUCUGAAAUUCCUGAAGCAGCAAGAUCAGCGACAGCAGCAGCAAGCUGCUGAACAGGAAAAACUGAAGCGAUUAAAGGAAAUUGCUGAGAAUCAAGAAGCCAAACUGAAGAAAGUGAGAGCACUGAAAGGCCAUGUGGAGAAAAAACGACUCAGCAAUGGGAAAUUAGUGGAGGAAAUUGAACAGAUGAACAGCCUGUUCCAGCGAAAGCAGCGCGAGCUGGUGCUGGCCAUGUCAAAAGUAGAGGAACUCACCAGGCAACUGGAGAUGCUGAAGAACGGCCGAAUUGAUGGUUACCAUGACAACCAGUCAGCUGUAGCUGAGCUCGACCGCCUGUACAAGGAGCUGCAGUUGAGGAACAAACUGAACCAAGAGCAGAAUGCCAAGCUGCAGCAACAGAGGGAGUGUUUGAACAAGCGCAACUUGGAGGUGGCAGUCAUGGAUAAGCGUGUUAAUGAGCUGCGAGAGCGGCUGUGGAAGAAAAAGGCAGCUCUGCAACAGAAAGAGAAUGUACCAGUUUCUUCAGAUGGGAAUUUACCACAGCCAGUGGCUUCUGCUGCAAGUCGAGUGGCAGCAGUAGGUCCUUAUAUCCAGUCCUCUACUAUGCCACGUAUUGCUUCCAGACCUGAACUUUUAGUGAAACCAGCAUUUUCAGAUGGGACACAAGCAUUGCAGGUACCUGAUGGUCCACUAAAAACACAAACUCUACCUAACAUGAGAGCUGGGAACAGUUCACAAGCUAAAGCUCCUGCAGGCUCUGUGGUCUCUAGUACGAAACCUUCCUCAUCUGCCACUGACUGGAGUAACUCAAAUGCAGACAAUCAUGUUAGUCAAGUAUCAGCCUUGACUUCAGGAAGAGCAGUUGCGGCUAGUGAAGGGCAAACUGAAGGAGAAACUUUUUUGCGAGACAGAGAGAAGAAAGUGCGUCCAUUCUCCAUGUUUGAUUCUGUGGACCAGUCUGCUGGGCUUGGCACUCUGAGGAAAAACCAGAGCAGUGAAGAUCUCUUGCGAGAAGCACAGACAACUGGUAAAAAUGUAACAACAAAGGUACCACCCCCUGUCCCCACAAAACCAAAACAGAUAAACUUGCCUUACCUUGGUCAAGCCAGUCAUCUGCAACCUUCGGAUACAAAGCUGGAUGGAAACUUGCAGAAGCUGCCUUUGGCUACUGUAGCUAUGGGGAACAAGCAAAAACCAGUGGCACAACAGCCUUCCCAUCCUUCUCAGCAGAUACAGCAAAGAAUUUCAGUACCUCCUGCAGGUUCUUCCUCGAGCCAGGACCAGAUUCUUCCCUCCUCUAAACAGGAGAGUCCCCCAGCAGCAGCUGUGAGACCUUUUACUCCUCAGCCGUCCAAAGAGACUUCACUCCCACCCUUUCGAAAGCCUCAAACUGUGGCUGCAAGUUCAAUUUAUAGCAUGUACACACAGCAGCAGACUCCUGGGAAGAACUUCCAGCAAGCAGUGCAGAGUGCUUUGACAAGGGCACAGACCAGAGGACCACACUUCCCAAGCAUCUAUGGCAAACCUGUGAUGGCAGGAGCUGGUGUACAGAAUCAGCUGCUGCAGACAGAGAACGUCUACUCAAACCUUCAAGGCAAGCCAGGCAGUCCGGAGCCCGAGAUGGAAACAGCCUCUGCUCAGGAGAAUCACGAAACAGAGCGAAUCCCCCGUCCUCUUAGCCCGACCAAAUUGCUGCCUUUCUUAUCCAACCCAUACCGCAACCAGAGCGAUGCUGAUCUGGAAGCACUACGGAAAAAGCUGUCCAAUGCGCCCAGACCGCUGAAGAAACGUAGCUCUAUUACUGAGCCAGAGGGACCUAACGGCCCCAACAUUCAGAAGCUGUUGUAUCAGAGGACCACUCUAGCUGCAAUGGAGACUAUCUCAGCUCCAUCACAUUCCUCCAAACAGACGACUUCAACUGCCAGUCCUGAAAGCCCAGCAGAAAUUCCAAAUCCUUAUCUAAGCACAGAAUCGGAAAAAGAAACAGCUGUUUCUAUGCCGGAACCAGCUAUUGCUGAGGAAACAGAAAACACACCAGCAGAGCAGAAGGAAGUUGUUCUCCCCUCCACAACUCUGGACACUGUACCUGAGUGUGUGUCAGAUAGUGGUGAACUCACGCAGCCGAAAACAGAAGAGCCAAGCCUAGAAGCAUCAUUGCCCCUGGAGGUAUAUAUGGAAGAAUAUCCUCCAUAUCCACCCCCUCCCUAUCCAUCUGGGGAACCAGAGAGUCUGGGAGAGGACUCAUUCAAUAUGAGGCCUCCUGAAGUUACUGGGCAGUUUUCCUUGCCUCCUGGGAAAAGGACAAACUUGCGUAAGACUGGCUCUGAGAGAAUUGGGCAUGGAAUGAGAGUGAAAUUCAAUCCCCUUGCAUUGCUUCUGGAUUCAUCUUUGGAGGGAGAGUUUGACCUUGUGCAGAGAAUAAUUUAUGAGGUUGAAGAUCCUAGCAUGCCCAAUGAUGAAGGAAUUACUGCACUGCACAAUGCUGUGUGUGCUGGGCACACGGAAAUUGUGAAGUUCCUGGUGCAGUUUGGUGUGAAUGUGAAUGCUGCAGACAGCGAUGGAUGGACUCCAUUACACUGUGCAGCAUCUUGCAAUAAUGUGCAGGUGUGCAAGUUUCUGGUGGAGUCAGGUGCAGCUGUAUUUGCAAUGACCUACAGUGACAUGCAGACAGCUGCAGACAAGUGUGAGGAAAUGGAGGAGGGCUACACACAGUGCUCUCAGUUCUUAUAUGGCACCUACCAGCUGGUGCGUCAUCUCUCUCUAAGAGGAAUGAAUCCUAUUGCCAAGACUAUUUCUGGUUAG